CGGCGGGGAAGCGGGGAGGAGGCCCAGCGGCGAGUGAGUUGGCUUCCUCCUGGCCACUUUGAGGGGUGAGGGGAAGCCGGAGGAGCCCGGGAGGAAGCGGAGGAAGGAGCGGGAGGCGGCGGCGGCAGUGGGUGCCGUCGGCCUCCGGUAGGACUGACCGCUGAGAGGCCGGAAGGCAGGCACGAGGCCGCACACAAAAACUCACCAGGGGCCAUCAGUGGAUGACUAAACAAAAUGUGGAAUGCAUCCAUACAUGGAAUAUCAUUUAGUCAUAAAGUCAAUGAAGUAUUCUUACAUGCUGUCCUACGGAUGAACUCUAAAACAUCAUGCUGAGUCAAAGAACUGAGACAUAAGAGAUCACAUCUUAUAGGACUCCAUCUAUAUAAAAUAUCCAGAACAGGAGGUUGUUUAAUGAAAAGUGCCAUAGACUGAAAAACGAAACAUGAGGGUAGCAGGUGCUGCAAAGUUGGUGGUAGCUGUGGCAGUAUUUUUACUGACAUUUUAUGUUAUUUCUCAAGUAUUUGAAAUAAAAAUGGAUGCAAGUUUAGGAAAUCUAUUUGCAAGGUCAGCAUUGGACACAGCUGCGCGUUCUACAAAACCCCCCAGAUAUAAAUGUGGAAUCUCAAAAGCUUGCCCUGAGAAGCAUUUUGCUUUUAAAAUGGCAAGUGGCGCAGCCAAUGUGGUGGGACCCAAAAUCUGUCUGGAAGACAAUAUUUUAAUGAGUGGUGUUAAGAAUAAUGUUGGAAGAGGGAUCAAUGUUGCCUUAGUAAAUGGAAAAACAGGAGAAGUAUUAGACACCAAAUAUUUUGACAUGUGGGGAGGAGAUGUGGCCCCAUUUAUUGAGUUUCUGAAGUCCAUACAAGAUGGAACAAUAGUCUUAAUGGGAACAUAUGAUGAUGGAGCAACCAAACUCAAUGAUGAGGCACGGCGGCUCAUUGCUGAAUUGGGAAGUACAUCUAUUACUAAUCUUGGUUUUAGAGACAACUGGGUCUUCUGUGGUGGGAAAGGCAUCAAGACAAAAAGCCCCUUUGAACAGCACAUAAAGAACAAUAAGGACACAAACAAAUAUGAAGGAUGGCCCGAAGUUGUCGAAAUGGAAGGAUGCAUCCCCCAGAAGCAAGAUUAAUGCAGAGGAACUUGAAGGAAACGCACUUUCACUAUUAAUGGCUGAGCUGUGACAGAGAAGCUACAUGUAAAUACUUUAGGAGCAUGCAGCCAUCUCGGUGUGUGCAUGAGCAUUAUCUCUUUUGAUAUCAGGAUUAUUUAUUGCUAACGUAAAUAGACGCCUUUGUAAAUAGUCAUCAUAAUGAGCAAAUCACUGAACCAUUUCUAAGCACAUUUCCCUAAUAAUAGUACAGUGUUAGACUGCUCCAGUAAUGACAUCUUUUAAUUCUAAAAGCAUACCCAAUGGAUAACUGAAUAGAUUGUGAAAAAUAUAUUGAUAUACAUACGGGUUGCUGUGAAAACCUAUCAUGGAAUAAUAUGGAUUUUAGGGAGGAGACUUUGUUUUAUUUUAUAUAUGUAUGCGUGUGUGUGUCUAUAUAUCCAUAUUCGUAUAUAUAUAUAUGCAUAUAUAUGUUGACUUUUAAUGAUAGUAUCUUUUAAAUUACAAAGAUACCUGGCUAGUUGUGUGUGUAAUGUUCCUUUAUAGUCUGACUUUCUGGUGUACCUUUUUUCUGUUUUUCUCUUCUCUUCCCAAAAAAACCUAGAAAUAAAACGAUAUGAAAACCUAUAUCAGAUAUGUGAAAAGCACAACAGAAUUCUUUUUUUUAAUGUACACAGUAAAAAAGGAAAUAUGUAAAUGUAAGUGGUAUUCAGGACUGUAGCUUUCUGGGUUUUGUGUUGGCAGUGUGAAUAAUUUGAAUUCACAGAAGCUGCUUAGAAUGAGGCCGGGGGCGGCAGCCGCACAGAGCCAGGGACACGGGCCCCGGCCCUUCUGCACCCUAACCAGUGGGUUCGGGACAGCCGUGGCUAUGUAGUUAACACAACGCUGGUGGAGGUUUCCUUAUUUAAUUGUUACCAGCAUUGACCAAGUGGUUUAGAAAGAGGCAUGCUUUAAUGUCACCAUUAUUUGGAUGGUAAACCAAGAAAUAGAAUUCUGUAUUCAUCUAACUUCGUAAUAGCAAUUUUUGCCUGAAGAUAUAACGACAUAUUUAGGAAAGUCUUAAGUACUGAGUGGACUGAUAACAUUUAAAAAAUAAUCUUUAUUUGACUCCAGAUGAUUUCAUACCCAGCUCUACAUAAAAUUGUGUUCACUUGAGAUGUUCACUAAAUGGCUCAAGUUUGUUUGUUUUUGUUUUGUUUUUGUGUUAGGGCAUUAAAUACCUAUAGUGUAUGAAGUAUCUUAAACUGGAACAUAAAUUAACGAUCAAACUACUCACAAUAGAAGGCAGCACUUAAAUUUUGAAUCUAAAUUUUAGAUGACUUGUAUAAAAAAACUAAAGGCAGUAUUUUUAUUUUGCUGUAAACCAACUUGGAAGCUAUCCAGCUAUUUCUUAAAUAUUAAUGAACUUUGGGGUACUGGUUCUUCUCUCAAACUGAAUGUAAUUCAAGAAUAAAUGCACCUUACACAUUUAAAGAAUUUUUGUAAACUUUUCAGAUUUCUGGUGCUUAUAUUAUAACUCAUAUUCAGCAUGUGUAUCUUGACAUUUAAAAUACUUCCCUAAAUUCUGUCAAUUAAAAGAAUAGCUAUUUUCCAGUUCCAGGGAUGGUGAAAUAAAUGUUGCGUUUUCGCAUUUUUUUUUUUUUUAAAUAAUGAAAAUACUCUUGGUUUUGCAUUGUGAAUUGUUUUGUAUUGUCUGGCAAAGUAAUAUACCUGCAGAACUUCAUAUUAAUGUUUGUCAAGCAUUUAUUGUACUGCUUAGCAUGGAAAAUUUAAGACAUUCCUGUGGUUUAACACACUAGUAUCCUCAGGAUAUAUCUUAACAUGUAUAGAAUUUAAGUAUCCAGAUGGCAAGACAUCCCUUUCGUGGUAAAAACUAUAAAACGAUAGCUUCAUGAAGCUGUGCAAAAUGUCCGAAGAAGGGAGAAAGACAGAUUCUUGGGGCGGCUUUGGUGCAGUUUGCUUUUGUUUCAAUUCUGUCUUGUAUAGAUUGUGCCAACUUUGGAAGCAAUAAUUUUACUACAUUUCAUGUUUAGAUGUCUUUUAAAAGUCCACAUUAUAAAUGAAACAAUGUUCCUUUAAUGUUAAGAAUUUUCUUUAUUAAAAUCAGAAAUUUGGCAUUGACAUUUUGGUAUAUUAAAUGGUGUAUAAGGACUUUUGGAUGCAUAUUUUUUAUUUGUAAUCACAAUUUUUUUUUUUUUCUGGAACAAGUGUAUUAUAAUGUUCCUAUUAAUUAAGCUAAGACAGUAGGAAAAUAAGUGAUAUUUGGGAAAUUAAAGAAAAAUUGAGCCAGAGUCUUUAUAUUCCUGACUUUAAUUUGAUUAAAGUAAAAUUUAUCAUUG